GGAACAAAUUACUAUGAUGUAAUGAUAUUGCUGGACCGUAGGUAGACUUUCCUAACGAUUUUAAGUGCAGCUCAAACUUUUCUCACGGAUAAACAACCCACACAGUUCAGCUAGCUUUAUGAUUUCAGUUAUUUAUAAACCAAUUAAACCUUGUCAUCAGGAGAUGAUUCAUUAUUGAAUCUAUUUCAUUAUCAAGCAAAAAAAAUAGUCUGACAUCAUUAAUGAAUGGAAGUGGGAAAGAGUUAACAAAGAGAUACAAGAAAUUAACAGCCACAAUUCGACAAUUAGCAAAGAAAAUCAAAGCCCUUGAUGUUAAAGAUCCUUUUAGAAUAGAAUCCAGUUCACAGUUACUAGAGAAAUUAUAUGGAUUAGGUUUGAUUGACAGAAAAUCUAAUUUAGGAAAAGCAGAUGAUGUUACAGCUUCAAGUUUUUGCAGACGGCGUUUACCUGUUGUCAUGUUUAAGUUGAAUAUGGCAGAAACUCUGAAAGCAGCAACAACUUUUAUUGAACAAGGACAUAUAAGAGUUGGUCCAGAAGUAGUCACAGAUCCAGCUUUCUUAGUCACUCGAAAUAUGGAAGAUUUUAUAACAUGGACAGAUACUUCAGCCAUUAGAAAACAAGUAAUGGAAUAUAAUGAUAUGAGGGAUGAUUUUGAUGCUUUAGCAUAGUAGUUAUUGUGAUAAGAUUAACAAAGACUUGUAUUAUAUUGUAAAUAAAUUUAUACAUAAUGAUUAAAA